AUCGAAAAAUCCCUUUCUCGAAAAUCCGAACAACGUCUUCAGCUUUCUCUAACUAUCAAUCUUCAAGAUUUCGAAGUUAUACUUUAUUCUUUCUGUAUAUUGAAGGGGUUGGAGUAUAAGAUGAUGGAAGAUACUAAGCAGUAUUCCUGUUGUGUUCAUCGGGGUCGUUCCUGCGAUGGUUCCGGUAUUCCGGUAAAUGCUUGUGGGUUUGCCCCUUUCCUGAGUUUUUCCUUGUUCGCUUUCUGA